UCAAAAGGAACAAGAAGAACAGAACAAAAAAAGCAAGUCUAAAAAAGGUUUAAGGAAAUGAAUGGGCCUAUGCAACCCAGUGUACAAGGAAUGCAACAUGAUGGAAUUAAAGAACCAUCUAGAACCGAUCGUUCAAUGGGUAAGAAUCCAUCAGAAAACGAAGACAAAAAGCCGAAAUCCAAGCCAUGGUACAAAUUUGGGGUGGAUUCCACAGCGCUAGAGACAGAGCUCUUAAAGAAGGAAUAAAACAAUUGGUUCACGCCAAUAUACAUAAUGUUGAGCGUAUAAUUUCUUAUUGUAUUGAUC